AUGGCUCCGGCCGUUGUCGAAUCAGCAAAUGCUUCUUACCUGCACCGACCACACACAUCCGAUGACCGCCCUGACACUGCACCCGCAGGAACAGCAUCGACAACAACUACACGCCAGAGAGGGCCGAGCGUGCAGGGCCGGGCGGCGUUCGAGCUGCCGUCCUUCGACACAAUUCCCGAAUUCAACACGAGGCUCUAUCUCGACGGCAAGGGGUCCAAGGAAACUGCCGCAAACGAGAAGCCGGCACCAGCAGUGACCGUCACGACACCGAGAUCAGACCCGACGAACCUGUCGAAGCCUGCAAGAGACGAUGACAAGGAAAACACGAGAGAGGGGAAGCAGAAGGAGAAGGACAAGGACAACGAGAAGCUGCAGAAGAGGGGCAGGAGGACAUCGUUGAUGGAGCGACGGAAAUCAUGGCUGCCAUCGUCGAGAUCGCCGUCAAAAGUCAAGGAACCGCCGCUGCCCGAGCGACCCGUCAUGCCGGAACGGCCCAGCACUCACGCCGGAGACCACGUGGGCGAUGCUGUGUCAUCCGCCGCUCCGGUGGCACCGACGCGACCGGUCGAACCUGAACGCCCCAGAACGGUAUCGGAGAGUUUCGCUACCUUUGCGAAGAAGUCAUGGAUGUCCACCUCCCGCUCCCCGUCUCCGAAGAGAAAGCUAGAACCACCCGCUCCACCUCUAACUCGUCCUUCCCGCAGCAGGGCCUCGAGCAGCGAUUCCAUCAAAGCGGCCGAGUCGCCGCGCAAGAGGCCCAUCUCUAUGCUUGUCGAACCAGACUCUGCCGCUGCGAAGAGCGCCGAGUCCUUGAAACCCACUCGCGCUCUCAACCGGACAAGCACGUUCCUGACCAAGAUGAAGCAGCGGCCGAAAAGUAUGCUCAUCACACUUGGAUCAAACAGCGACUCGGACGCCAACAGUGCACCUGUGUUAACAAACAGCUUGCCGCCCUCCAGCGCCUCCCCAGGGAGUGAUCAGCGCGGUAGGAAGGACACUAACAGUAGCGUUAACAACAUCAAAAACCCCGAGUCGAAACCGGCAUCCGUUAUCGAGUCUCAUGCCACGGCGACGGACGAGUCGUGCAGCGAAAUGUCAGUCAACAGAGAUACGAUUUGGUCUGCCUUUAAGACGAUCGACACUGAGUACGGAGGUUUCGCUACGAAGAACAUGGCCCAGCGGAUGCACCUAGUACGCGUAACCUUGUUGCCAUUUUUGCGGACCUAUAUGAAUCACAUCACCAACAAGGGACUCAACCUCGAGGAUGUCGAGCGGAGGGCGACUGUUCUGAACAAGUGGUGGAGCGGCUUGCUGGAGAUGCUAGACUCGCAAAAUCAACAACUGGCAGGUGUCGACCGACCGGUUUUGCUUGAAGCUUUGACGAUGCUCAUGAUGCGACCGGAAUGGCGACAGACGACGACAUAUUUCAUGUCUUUGACGGACCGCUCACCGAACGAGCGUGUUCGGCCUCGAUCGGGAACCGAGUCGACAGCGGACUCGUCACAAGCAUCCAGCCAGGCUUUCCUUGCUGAAUCAGCCGAGCACAAUGUCCGGACCAUGUUUGUGAGCAAUCUCAUGAGGCAGAUGCAGAUCGUUGUGGACAAGAUGUCACUCCGACAUGCGCCUCUGAGUUUGGUCAACUGGUGCGGCAAGGCCUGCGCAUAUGGCUUCUUCUUCUGCCCUUCCGUCGCCGAGAUCCUUGUCCGGCUGUGGGACCUGCGGCCAGAACUCAUCAGGCGGACAGCUGAUGAGUUCGGCUUGCCCAAGAAGAACGGCGGCGAAAGCGAGGACAUCAUGGCGCUUUUCCCGCCAAAUGUCGGAGUGCUUGGUUGGCAAUCGCAGAAGACCAUCAGCGCCCGCUUCAAAGAGAGGGUUAAGCUUUCGGUUAUGGCAGCGAGGAUCCCUUGGUUCAGCCCUUGGGUAACCAGGUGGCGCGGCGGUGAUACCGACUUGUUCUUCAUUUUCUGCAAGUAUUAUCACAUUCUGUCCGAGGAGUUUAUGCCCGCGGGGCUGCCACUGCUCGAAAAAGCGCGCUCGCCGGGCUUCGUCCUGGUUCAAGCUCAGAUUCUCGCCUGCAUCGAGUCUACCAUCCAUCGACAGGCUGAAGUGGACGCGAUGAUGAACCCGCUCCCGCCCACAGACUCGUUUUACGGGGCCGAUGCCGCUGCGACUUCGAUGACAGUCCCAGGCAACCUCUUGAAGAACAUGGCCGAGAACCGGCUCAUCGUGCUGCUGAAGGAUAUUCUGGGCGAAUCACUACCUGUCAUCGCUGCCGCGCGACGGACCUUUGCCGAAGCUUUCCUGGCCGUAACUCGCGCUGCAACCCGCCGGGUAUCUGCUUUUGACCACAGCGCUGUUUUCACGCUGUGCGAUUUCUUGGAAGAGGUGUUGGUGGCCUACGACCAACUGGACGAUCUCGAAAACCCGAACAUUGCCAAGAGCAUUGACUGGCCCUUCUGGCUCGACGUGUGUAGGAAAAUGCUCAUCUCCGACAACGCCAUGACGGAAGUCCGACUGCUUUCUUUCAUCUUCUCAACUUGGGAAGCAGUCACUGCGAACCCGGAGAGGAAGAAGAGGUUGUGUUUGGAUUGGUUGCUUUCCGAGGAGACAUUCGACGCCUACUUCAACCACUGGUGCCCGAUGGUGCGUAGCUACUACAUGCGCCUGCUCUGCUGGCGGAUUUGUCGAGACGCUGGCAGCGCGAACGAGGUUGAUGCUCAAAUCUUCGUCGUCGCUGCCACCCGGCUCAAGACCGUUUGGGCUCAUUACCUCUACCUCCGCAACGCCGCAGAUGCCACCGGGAAACUCCCUCCCUCUACUUCGCCUUGUCUCCCUACCCCGGGUAAAAAGUUAAUGAUCAUUCGCACGGAAGUCAACAUUCCGCAGCCUGGCUACUUCAAUCAGCCCUUCGACUCAUUCUCCAAGAUUGUCAAUGGCGAAGGGGUUGUGGCAACGCCAGCGCCGCCCGAGACGAAGGAGGUUGUUCUCAAGGCAGACAACAGCAAAAAACGCUGGUCUUUGCUCGGAAAGGUCCUGUCUUUGGGGGGCAACGGCUCGGAUAGCGAGGACAACAGCGAGACAUCACGCAAGGAAGCGCCGUCGAAGCCUUCCGCACUCUCCAAACGUCGUCAAGGAGGCCCGCCUCUGCCGCCCAAGAUCUCCACUUCCACCGCCUCCGCUGUUACCACGGCCUCAGAUGGCAGCUCCCCGGGCGCUUCGCCCAUCUUCAUGGAGCAGAAGUUCGUCUUUAAGUUCACGCUGACCUGGCAGCCCCCUGCCGUCACCCAGCCGCGUGACCGCAUUCUCACCCGCCCGCGUCUUCCCGCCCCAGCGCAAGCGUGGGUCAGUGCCCGGUCGCGAAGCGGCAGUUCGCCUCCUCCGCCGCCCGCUGGUCUUCCGGACCCCACACGGCGUGUCUCUGGUUCCAAAAAGAAGGGUCUCGUCGACGAAGCCAAGAACGCUAGCCCGCUUGCCUCUCCCACGCUUGAACGCAAGUCGUCCGUCACCGCUGUAUCCUCCUCGUCGCUGGCACGCAGGCUCAGUAACAAGUUCGACUUUGAGAACAACCCCAACGCGGAGUUGAUGACUUUUGACUUUGAAAUCGCAGAGAAGUCCUCAGCGUCGUCAAUGUCAUCCGCCUCGUCAACGGCUUCAUCGCCUGCUGAGAGCAAGGCCGAGGAAGAGCAGCAGCCGCCCCUAUCGCCGCCGCCCCAGCCUCAGCAUCAGUCCCAGGCCCAGCCUCAAAACCAGCAGCAGCAGCAACAGAAGUCUGAGAGUCGCAGAAAUGGGCCUGAGCCUUUGACGCAGCCCCUUCGUCCAUCAGGCAUGUACACCAAGCGCGCCGUCUACACCGGCCGCGCCCUUGCAGAGUGGAGCAUCAUCGUCGCUGAGUGCAAUGGCUUCGUCGAUCGGAGACGGGAUGAAGGCGUUCUUGGCCUCAGUGAGGUGGAGGUCCCAAUGUUGACGGUCGAAGGCUUCCGGAAGAUUGGUUAA